AUGUGUCGUGAUCCUGUAAAAAGGCGAUGGUUACUGUUUAAACGCUUUGCCUUCAUCAUCUUCGAAGGUGUGGGUGCAGCUUCACCUAACGUGACGUCGAAUUACAAGGAGUCGGAGACCGGCGUUGUCCACCCCUUUGGCCAGCUUGUGGACUCUGCGAGGAUAGACAGCGACUCUAAGUGCAAUGAGUACGUGGCAUAUGACACAGGUCAAAUCGAGCAGCGCUACCUCGCUUGGAUCAACCUUGUGGGCCGCUCGCUACUGUGCUUUGCGCUGCUCUCACAUCUUGAGGCUCUGAUAUCAAGAAGUGGCAUUAGGGCACAGUGGCUGCAUUUUGGAUUUACUCGCUGCGCAAAGUGA